AUGUCUACGAUUGAAGGGUUUCCCUACCAAAUUGGACGGGAGCUCGGCGAGGGUGCUUUUGCUUCUGUCCGCGCUUGCUUUGAUGAUAAGGCACGGGUUUUCGCCGUCAAACUAGUGAACAAAAACUAUGUUGCUCAGAAAAUGAAUAUGAGUGUCUGGACUCGUCGGAUCACUAGUGAGAUUCAGUUGCACAAAAUCUGUAACAACCAUAAAAACAUUAUUCACUUUUACGCUUCAGGAGAUUCACCAACUUGGCGCUGGAUUGUAUUGGAAUACGCACAAGGAGGCGACCUUUUCGAUAAGAUUGAGCCAGAUGUCGGCGUGGAUGAAGACGUUGCACAGUUUUACUUUGCUCAGUUGAUGGAUGGUAUAAAAUUUAUGCAUUCCAAGGGUGUCGCACAUCGCGACUUAAAGCCAGAAAACUUAUUGCUAGACUUCAAUGGAAAUCUAAAAAUUUCAGACUUUGGGUUUGCCGCUCUGUUUUCCUACAAAGGAAAAACACGUCUACUCAAUAGUGCAGUGGGAAGCCCUCCUUAUGCGGCUCCCGAGAUUUUGGGACAAUAUGACGGUGCCAAGGUGGAUGUCUGGUCAUGUGGCAUUAUCCUGUUUGCCUUAUUACUUGGCACGACACCCUGGGAUGCAGCUUACGACAAUAGCGAGGAAUACGUGUUUUUCAGAGACUGCAAUGAACGUCCCUCCUACCAUCCUUGGAACCAACUUAGUCCUGGCGCUUACUCACUUAUUAUGGGAAUGCUAAGACACAAUCCUCAAAAAAGAUACUCGGUACAGCGCGUACUCCAACAUCCAUGGCUCCACACAAAUAUCUCGUUCCGGUCAUCAAGUGGUGCUUGCUCAGAUCCAAUUGCUCUCGCUUCGAGGUUAAUGCUGAAGCUAAGAAUAGAUCUGAACGUUUCUGCGAUACCCACGGAAACAACGAAAACAAGAAUAGAAGACAAUGCGGCAACCUCUAUGACUCAACCGCCCGCUCGUAUAGAAGACUCUUUACUAGACUCUCGGAACGAAUACAGUACUCUCUCACAACCUGUCAUGGAUUCCACCGUAUUUACAGCGACAAACAUUGACACUGAUCCAGCAUUAAGUCAAUUCUGUGAUACUACAGAGUUUUUGGAAAGCUUAACUCAAAAGGCCAAACGUUUUGAAGACAUUUGUCCACCAGAGCGUAUGACUCGCUUUUAUUCACGCUCUUCGGAAACUGUAAUCUUGCAACAUCUCUACGAUUGUAUGCGAAAACUCGCUGUUUCUGUCACUUCGAAAAAGGAGACUAAACAAACCGUACUAUACAUUCGUUUACACGAUAAACGCAAAUGUCAGCUUCAAGGAGAAAUUACUAUUCAAUCCAUCGCGCAAGGCUUGAAACUAAUUAAUUUCAACAAACGAUUUGGAGAUCCGUUAGAAUGGAGAAAAUUCUUUAAGAUUGUUGCAAGUUCCAUGGGUAAAUCCAUCGUCUUGACAUACUAA